AUGGAAACGCAGAAAGAGGCAGUGAAGCGAGGGGUGGUGUCGUUGCUAUGGGAUGUGGAAGCACAGAACGAUGCUCUAAAACGAGGGCUGGUGUCUCUACAGCGGGACGUGGAAGCGAGGAAUGAGAGACUGAAACGAGGGGUAAUCUCGUUACAGCGGGAUGUGGGAGUACAGAACGAGGCACUGAAGCGAGGGCUGGUGUCGCUGCAGCAAGAUUUGGACGCACAAAACGAGGCAGUGAAACGAGGAAUGGUGGCGUUACAGGGAGAUGUGGAGGCACAGAGCAACAGGCUGAAACGAGGGAUGGUGGCGUUACAACGGGAUAUAGAGGCGAACGUGCUGUCGUUUCAACGAGGAGCUGAGUUCUGGCGGCGUAUAGUGCACCUGUACGGCAGUUACAAGCUCUGUCAGCUCCAGGUGGCAGUGAGCGGCCAAUCAGAGGAGGAGAAAUCUGCCAUGUGGCAGAGGCAGCAUGAGAGGGGAGCGGAGAUGCUCUAUGCCCUCUGCACCGACAUGAAGGGGUUCUUCCUCAAGGCGGGUCAGUUCCUGGCCAAGCGAGACCUCUCCCCACCAGCGUGGGUGCGUCGCCUCUCAGCCCUCCACGACGCUGCUCCUGCCGACCCGCUCCCCCUCGUGCUGCGCACCAUUCAAGAGGAGCUGGGAGGCGUGGGGUGGAGGGAGGUGUGGGAGUGGGUGGAGGAGAAACCGCUGGGGUCUGCUUCGAUUGCCCAAGUGCACAGAGGGAGGCUGAAGGGAGGCAAGGAGGUGGCUAUCAAGGUACAACACGCAGGCGCGGAGCCUCUCAUGCUCACAGACCUCGCCAACCUCAAAGCCUUUGCAGCGUUCCUGCAGAGCACGGAGCUGAAUAUGGACGUGAUGGGCGCUUCGAACGAGCUGGAGAAGCAGAUCCGGUACGAGUUCGACUUCCGCAGGGAGGCCGCAGCCAUGGAUACCAUCCCAGCCUCGCUGGCAGGUUCGGCAGCAUCAGGCACGGGAGCAGCAGCAGCAACAAACCGGAGGCAAAAAAGCAGGAGACGGUGGAACCCUUUUUCAAGGAGCAACAAGCUGGAGGCCUUUUCAAGGGCUGUUGCCACUGCUACUGCUUUCGCUGCUCUUACUGCCCUCGCCGCCACUGCCCCUGCUGCUACUGCUGCUGCUGCUGCUGCAGGCGCCAUUGGCUCUGCUGCUGCAACUGCUGCUGCUGCUGCUGCUGCUACUGGUUCUACGGCUACUGGUUCUACUGGUUCCUCCCCGGUGGUGGUGCCUGCAUCGAUCCCGGGGCUGGUCACCCAGCGCCUGCUAGUGAUGGAUCUGAUCAAGGGCUCUCCGCUCGCCAGCAUGGAGGAGCAAAUGAGAAUCAAAGGAAUCAACCCCAACGGAUUCCUUGCUAUGAAGGCAAAGCGGUCAAUCUUUCGGUCACUGGGGACAGCUUAUGGGCUGAUGAUCUUGCGGGAUGGGCACUUUCAGGCUGACCCCCACCCAGGAAACCUCCUCAUCUGCCCUGACAGAAAGGUUGCUUUGUUGGACUACGGUCAGACUAAGCGCCUCCCGGACUCUCUGCGUCUGAACCUGGCACGCUUGAUGCUAGCAAUGGCUGAUAAGGACAUGCCAAGAGUAGGCUCGCUGUUUCAAGCCUUGGGCAUUCGGACUACCAAGACGGUUUUCGAAGAUCCUAAGAGCUUCCACCGCAUGUCUUCCCUCAUGUUUGACACUGCUGUGUCUGAGGGGGUUACGACAUCAAACCCGUUCGCGAGCGAGUCAACCCUGAAAAGGAACGGAAUUGAGAAAUUCCCAGAGGAUCUGUUCUUUGUGGUGCGCACCAUGCAGCUGCUUAGAGGGUUGGCCAUGGGCAUGGGGUUGAACGAGUCUCUUGCGGAACAAUGGCGGCCAAUUGCACAACAAGCGCUCAAGGAAGCCGGUAGAACUUAA